ACUAUCAUAAUAGAGGAAGGAUCUCUGGAUUCGCAUAUGAUUGUUCUUGCUAAGGUAAACAAUACUUCAACACCUGGAUAUUGUAUGGAUUUUUUUUCAUACUUAAUAUCGAAGUUAUGCAGAAGAUUUUCUUUUAAUUGUAAUUUUUUUUAUUAAUUAUUAAACAUUCCAUUUGUGGAAUAGUUUUUAAUUUUGAGGAAGUUGUUUAUAAUAAAUUGUAGGUAAGAGAAAGUGGUACAGUCUUGUCUUUAAAUAUCUAAAAAUAUCCAGUCAUCGAUUUCUUUAUUGAAAUGCUGGUGUAUUAAAGGAAUAUAUUAAUGGCAUCCUUUCCAAGGAAUUUUCACAUACAUAGAUUUUAUACCACUUUGCGAUAUAGUUCAGUGGAAUUAGUCGAUAUAUCCAAUAUAGUGCAAUGUAGUUUUCUGUUCCAUAAAUCGAUAUCGUACUUGGAUUUAAAUCUUUCUGAAUAUGCUCGCUAUCGACAGUUGUAUCGGGGUACUGGAAGUGGUCACCGAUAUUUGACCUGGAGGAAUUUCAUAAACACGGAAGAAUCUUGCCGAAAUGUUUUGAUACCUCAAAGAAAACUUUUGUAUUCUUUGCAUUUGGACAUUCCACAUGGAAGAGAAUUUAGCUUAAGAAAGGGACGUACUCCUCAUCAUUUCGAUUACGAUUCCGAAAGCAUCUUCGUGGUUGUUUGCAUCAAGGAAAAUUUCUUCAAUCCCUUAUUUUUCAGAAUCUUCGAGUUUGCUUUUGAGCAAACCUGUGAUAAACUGAAACUGAUUGGAUGGCUGGUGAACUUUGAAUCUCCGGAGUUAGCUAACCCCCCAAUGCGGAUCUUGAACCGUUUCUUGACAGAACUGUACUUGAAAUGUACUGAUUCGGAUUUAGUGAAUAAAUGUUCGAAAAAAUUUCAUCUGAUUGGAAGUCUGUGUCGCCAAGAGCAGCCAAAAAUGUUGGAAUAUUUAUUGUACCACGCCAACAAGAGUGCUUACAAUAAGAAAAAGUGUCCAUCUUCAAAACCCAGUUUUAUUGACAUGUGUAUCAGUUCAUCAUAUUUGCUUAAUGUUGGCCCUUAUCUGAAGUACAGAAACGAAGCGUGCUUUUCUUCUAACGCUUAUACACAUUUCAAGAGGUACAUGUACCUCAGAAAUCGAAAAUUGACUUGUAAAGUAUUAGAAAAACCGGAAGCUUGGAUGAGCAAGCAGAGAAAUCAUCGAUUGCUGCAAAUUCUGAUGAUAUUUUACCUCGAUUAUCCUGAUCCUUCCAUUCCCCCUGAAGUCCUACGACUUAUAUGGAGUUCAAUUCCUGAUGCCUUCGUUACUUUAGAAGAAAUAACAGACGCUUAUGGUGAAAUCCUCAGUGACAUGGAAAUCAGCGAGAUUUACAAUUAUUACACAGCUGCUAUCAGUGAAACUCCUGACUGCAGCCAGCCCCGAUCUUUGCAGCAUUAUUCCAGAACAUCAAUACGAAGAACUCUCUACCGGAGCAAUCAAUGGCUGCCUGAUGGUAUCAGUCAGCUAUGUCUACCAAAUUGUCUUCAGUCCUUUUUAAAUCUUGAAAUGCAGCAAUAUACGGACACUGAUGACUCUUUAUCGGAAUAAAUAGUGACAGUUAUUUCUAUAAAUCUCUCAUCAAUUGUUUCUGUGAAUUAUCUGUAGCUUAAUUCCUGAUGCAUUCUUCAUAUUACCUGAGAUGAUAGAUCUCAUAGAAAUGCUUAGUGCCAUAGAAAUUAGUGAGAUCUACAACUCCUUCAUGGCUAUUAUUGGUGAAAUCAAUCAAUCCAGAAAAUCUCGAACUUUUUUAUAUUAUUCCAGAACAACGAAACGAUAAAUUAUUUUUCAAAGUGGGUUACACUCAGCCAGUUAUAAGAUUGCAGUAAGUCACGCAUGCGCAAAAAGAAGAUUGCGCAGGCGCUGAGAAAGCGGACAAUAGCAAGUUCUUGUCACGACGGGACAAAUGCUGUGUGUCCACCACGAGAACACUUCCAAACAAAUGUCUACAUUUAAGGCUGUCGCAAAAGAAACAGGUUACAAUAGGAAGAGUUCAUUUCGUAUUGGUAGAAAUUCAUUCAAAUUUCCACUAGAGCGUUUAACACCAAAUCGGCGAUAUUUAUUAAUAUUGUAUUUACUUUUUGAAAGUAAAUUAAAAAAAAUGACUCACUAAGCUGAAAAUCAUUUGAAUACUCGAAAUAUUGAAAAUAUCUGACAUUCUUGUCAAAGUGCAAUGCAAAUCAAAUAGAAAAACUGAAUAAUUAUUUGUAUAUCUAACGACUGUUCAAGAAAAAAAAUAAUUAAGAAUUCUAAAGUAGAAUCAUGCAUGACAAAUAAAAAUGUAGCGUCUUCAUUUCACUUGUUUUAAAUUUAUGUAAGUAAUUAAUACCAAAUUCUCCGGAGCAAAUGUGAGGUAAUCAGUUCUAAUUUAAAAUUAGUAUAAUUCAUUAACAGUAGUAUAAAUAAUUGUAGUUAUUUCAGAAUUUUUAUAUAAAUUUGCUUAUAUUCUAAUAUAAAGUAAAAUGUUUAUUAUUAAAUAUGCUUGAGUCGUUUCGAAAUUUAUAUUUAUUUAUUUUUUCUGAAGUAUGUACUAUUUUCCGAAACAUAAAAUUAACAAUUACCAUGCUAUCAAUUUUUAAAG